AACAAGGCACGUCCGAAUUCUGGGACCAGACUGGGGAAUCCUCAAGGGGUGAAGAGGAAAGUAAAGCAGUGCAAAGUGAAGAACUGAAGGUUGUAAGAUCACGUACCGGGGAGAAUAAAAUGGUAAUUUGCAAGUUGAAGAUGAGGAUGUCUUUGGCAUCUCUGAUGGCGUUGGUUGCCUUGUCCCUGGCCUUCCUGGGCCCCUGCCCUUGCUUGACAGCUCCCCUAGAGGAAUCAGAUGAUGAUCGUUUUGACCUGGAGAACUACGACCUGAACAGUGUAACAGACUGGGGCAAAGUGGAACCCAACAUUUAUGGUGACAAUUAUGAUUAUGAGGACUUGGACCAAGAAAUCGAAGUAGAGACCUUUGCAGCGGACAUCAACAGAUUAGGUAACCAGCCAAAAGUAAACCACCAUGAGGUAAAAGGGACUGUGCCGACUUUUACGCCUCCUCCUGUGACAUUGGACUUCAAAGGAUCCGGCCUAUUUGGACCUGAGACGGGAAUGGGAAUGCCUACCUGCCUUCUGUGUGUUUGUAUUGGAGGGAGUGUGUACUGUGAUGACACAGGCCUGAAUCAGAUACCACCCCUGCCCAAGGACACCAGGCAUUUUUACGGACGCUUCAACAGCAUCCGACACAUCAAGAACACUGACUUCGUAAACCUCAGUAAACUUCAAUCUAUCGACCUCACUGGAAACCAGAUUUCGGAAAUGGAUGAAGAUGUAUUUGGCUCACAACAGCAGCUCCAUGACUUAUUGCUAGCUGAGAACAACCUACAGGCCUUGCCAGAACUACCAGUUACUUUGAAGUACAUCGAUCUACGAAACAACAGAUUGAUCAGCCGAGGGAUCCAUUCAGAGUCCUUCAAGGAUAUGAGUCAUCUGGAAUUCCUCUACCUAUCUAAUAAUAACCUGGAUUAUAUUCCAACCCCACUGCCAUUGAAUCUCAAAGUAUUACACCUGCAGGGCAACAACAUCCAGUCGCUGCAUGAAGACACCUUCUGCGACAGCCAUGAUCGUUACUUCAUCCGGCGCUACCUGGAGGAUAUUCGCCUGGAUGGCAAUCCUUUGAACAUCAAUCUGUUUCCUCAGGCUUACGUCUGCCUGCCCCGUCUGCCUGUCGGGAAUCAUUAAUAGUCACUGUGGAAAAAGAAAUAUAUGUGUGUGUGUGU